AUGUCGGGCGGCAAAGGUGGUAAAGCCUGGACCCCACAGGAAAAUCUUAACCUCCUCAUGCAGGUCGUUGACCCGGAAACCCCUCGCCGUGGUUCCCGACAGAGAACCCAGAAGAGAUCUUACUUCGAGUGGGCUAGUGACGACGAGGAGGACAAGGUCUCGGCCAAGAGGAGCUGCCUCUCGUCUGACGAGGACGAGAAAGUAGAAGAUUCCGAAGACGACAAUGCUGUCAUCAUUGCUAAGAAAAAGCCCGUUCGUUCCGCUAAGCGCUCCAAGAAGGGAGUGCCCGAGGUCAAACUUGAAGAUCCUGCCGACAGCGAUGACGGUGUCGAGGUUGAUGCUUCGGAGGCAUAAAUCCGCUAUCUUAUACGCAAAGAUCGACGCUGGUCUAUGCUAUUCUGUGAAUUCCUAUCUCGGCCCGGCAGGUGCAUGCUUCACUUCGGAAAUGAAUUCGGCUGUCGGUUCCAAGUCUUAGGGCCAAACACAUUGCCUCUUUCGCUUUAGAAUAGCCAACGCAAACUGAUCGUCGGUCCUUUGCAGUAUUCCCUUGCGUGCUUUGC